UUUAUAAACCGUCACCGUCGUCGUUGGGUAGAAAUUUUCGUUUUACUGAGAAGUUUUUUAAUGUAUUAAACAUUAUAAAUUUUUCUAGUAAUAACCAAAAUACGAAAAACAUACAAAAAGCAAUUAUUAAAAUUUGUUGUGUCUUUAAAAUUUAAAGUAUUGCGAAGUGUGAUAGAAAGAACUUUUCACGUUUUAAGUUAACUUCUAUAUAUUUUAUGCAAAAAGUUAUUGUUUAAAUAUUUGCGAUAUUUAUUUAUAUGUCGUCAGUAAUAUUUGAAAAUAAAAGUAUACAAAUAUAAAUUCAAUAAUCAAAUAAGUAAAAAAAUCAUACUAAAUUUUUAUAAAAUCAAAUCAUUUUUAUUGCGUGUAAAUAUGACCUCGAAUUUGCGACAGAUACCUUUGACCUGCAGUGGACACACUCGUCCAGUUGUGCAUUUGGAUUUUAGUGAUAUAUGUGAGAGUGGAUAUUAUCUCAUUUCGGCUUGUAAAGAUGGCAGUCCUAUGUUGCGCCAGGGUGAUACUGGUGAUUGGGUGGGCACUUUUGAAGGACAUAAAGGUGCGGUUUGGGGUGUAGCACUUAACAAGAAUGCAACUUUAGCUGCAACUGGAGCUGCGGAUUUUACUGGAAAAGUAUGGAACGCAGUUACCGGUGCUGAAAUACAUAGCUUUCAGCAUAAACAUAUAGUGAAAACAGUAGCAUUCGAUAAAUGUUCUGAAAAUAUUGUUACUGGUAGCAGUGAAAAGUUUGUAAGAGUGUUCAAUCUAGAACAACCGAAUAUGGAACCGGAAAUCUACGCUGGUCAUAGUGGAACCAUAAAACGGGCACUCUUUUGUCGUGAUGAUAAAUGUAUAGUUUCGGCAGCAGAAGAUAAAACUGUACGACUUUGGGAUCGCUUAACGGGCAACGAAAUACAAAGAUUACAAUUUACACAUAAUCCUAAUAGUUUAGAAAUUUCAGCUGACAAUCAUAUUUUGACAAUAACUCACGGAGGUAGUAUUAGUUUUUGGGAAGUAGAUACAUUAAAGAAAUUGAAGGAAAUAAAAGUACCGACGAAUGUUUCGUCUGCUAGUUUACAUCCGGAUAAACAUGUUUUUGUUUGUGGAGGCGAAGAUUUUAAGAUGUAUAAAUUUGAUUAUAUUACUGGGAAUGAAAUUGAAUCUUUUAAAGGUCAUUUUGGACCAGUCCACUCAGUUAAAUUUAGUCCUGAUGGCGAACUUUAUGCGAGCGGAUCAGAAGAUGGUACGCUGAGAUUAUGGCAAACUACUGUAGGAAAAACAUAUGGACUUUGGAAAUGCACUGAACCUGGAGAGUUAAAUAAUUCCUUGAAUUCCCCACGUGAAGUUCAUGCUAACUGAAAUAGAAAGGAUAGCAAACUGUCAUGAAAAAAAAAAACGACAAUUAAAUUGCAUUAAGUUAAGAAGAGUAGCAUAAUAAUUUUAUAAGCAAAUCUUGAACACAAAAUUAUUUUAUAUUUUUUAAACUCUCAUCAUCAAACUUAAUUUUAAAAAAUUAUUUUAUUUU